UAAUACCAUGCAAAGCCAACAUGCCGGCCCAAUUUUAAGAUGCACCCUUUCUUUCACAGCCUUCCCUAGCCUAUUCUCUUCCUUGCCAUCUCUCGCUCUCUCUCUCCGUCAGCAACUUUGUGUAUGUCCUGAAACUAUCACCAGCAAUACUCAAACGGUAAAAUUAACAUAGAGCUGCCAGAGCUAUUAAUCCAGUUUAUUUAUAUAUCUUAAAACUCGGAUAUAUAUAUAUAUGGACGGCCGGUUCGUCAACAUUAACCAGUUUAUGAUCAGUACUUCCACCGAGGAGCUAGAAGAGAAUACUGACACCAUCCCAGAAAAUGGUGAUGCGUCCCCUCCUUCCACCAUCUUUAACGACAUGAAGAACACUUCCGCCUCGUCCCCAAGAAAAAGCAGGCGAGACAUACAUAAACGAGUGGUGUCGGUGCCGAUCAAGGAGGUAGAAGGGUCCCGGCUCAAGGGCGAGAGUAGUACUCCGCCCUAUGAUUCUUGGGCUUGGAGGAAGUAUGGUCAGAAACCCAUCAAAGGAUCUCCCUAUCCCAGAGGUUACUACAGGUGCAGCAGCUCAAAGGGCUGCCCGGCGAGAAAACAAGUAGAGAGGAGCCGGUUGGACCCGACGAUGCUAGUUGUCACCUACUCCUGUGAGCACAACCAUCCCUGGCCGGCUUCGAGGAACCACCACUCAGCUUCGUCCAAACCCGAGAAGCCCGAAACCGUCAAGUUGAAGCCCGAACAGGAAGCCGCGCCGGAGGAGAAGUUCGCGGAUCUAGGCGACGAGUCACUGAUGGCGAGCGACGAGUUCAGGUGGUUUGGUGACAUGGAGACAACGACGUCGACGGUGCUGGAGAGCCCCAUUUUUGCGGAGAGGAGUAGUGGUGGAGACUCCGACGUGGCGAUGCUAUUCACGAUGAGGGAGGAGGACGAGUCUCUCUACGCCGACCUGGGGGAGUUGCCAGAAUGCUCCGUCGUGUUCCGGGGAGUGGGACCAGGAGUGGAGAUCUUCUGACACGUGUGUGGCCCAGCUCUCUCUCUCCCUCCCUCCCUCCCUACCCAGGCCAGUUUGUCAACUGCGUGCGCAUCGUGCGGCAUAAGACACCAAUUAUUAUUUAGUUUUCGUUUUGCAUUAUUGAUUUCAGUAUCGUAAAAGAACGAAUAAUAAAAUAAGU